UGCUGAGGAAUCAUGGGACUGCUGAACGUCUCUGUCAUCUUUCUUCUUUCAUUAAUCACAAUGACUUUAGCAGAACCGCCUGGAUGCAAGAUCCGCAUCACUAACAGAGGACUGGAGAUGCUGAAGGCCGAGACAAAGAGGUUCGUGGAGGAAGAGUUGAGUAACAUCACCAUGCCAGAGAUGCAGGGUAAAGAGGGCCGCUUCCAGUACACCAUCAAGAAUGUGAAGAUCACGGAGCUGAACCUGACCUCUGACCUGCGCUUCCAGCCUGACGUGGGGCUGCUGUUCGAGGUGCAGAACUCCUCCAUCACCAUCAACUUCCAGAGACGCAUCCUCUACUGGCUCUUUUAUGAUGAGGGAUCCAUCAACGCUUCCGCUGAAGGUGUCAACAUCUUCACAGUCCUCCAUCUUAUCAAAGACCAGGACGGACGUCUCAAGAUCGCCAACAUCACCUGCGAUGCGUUCAUCACCAAGAUGAGGGCCAGAUUUAGCGGGACCCUCGGGAGGGUUUAUGACUUUAUCGGAACGUUCCUGACUACAGGAAUGCGCUUCGUCUUAAAUAAACAGAUUUGUCCUGCUUUGAAUCAUGCCGCACUAGUUCUGGUUAACCAGCUACUGGAAACAGUCCCAGUGCGCACCGAGGUGGACAGUUACGUGGGCAUCGAUUACUCACUGCUAAAUGACCCCGUGGUGACAGAAACUAGCCUUGAUAUGGAUUUUAGGGGCAUGUUUUAUGACCUGAAGAAUGAGAACGAGACGCUUGUGAACAACGCUGUGAAUCCGGUACUGAGAGAAUACGAUCGUAUGGUCUAUCUCGCUCUCUCUGAGUACUUCUUUGACAGUGGCCUCUUCUCUUACUUCAAAGGCGGACUGUUCCAAACGCAGAUAGCAAACGAACGAAUGCCGAAGGACUUAGAGAUGCUCCUCAGGACCACCUACAUGGGGAAAAUCAUGAUGCUGGACCCGACUUUCAUGGAGCAUCCUCUCUCGCUGGAGUUAGAGGUCAAAUCUCCUCCUCGCUCCACUAUCAAGACCUCUGGUGCCAGUGUGGCUGUCAGCUGUAACGUCAAAGUGUUCGUUCUUCCUCCAGGAAAACCAGCUGUCCAGCUCAGCAGCUUGACCAUGGAAGGCACGUUCAACGCGGAAGUAGCGAUGAAGGGCAAGCGCUUGACCAUCCAUUUAGAUCUGAAAAAGUCCACAAUUUUCUCUGAUCAGGUUUUCGAGUCUUUGGCUCUUAUUCCAUUGCAAAGUCCUUUAAAGACAAUGCUGCAGUUAUCAGCGGUGCCUCUCAUUAACAAUUACAUUAAGCGAGGUGUGCAGAUCCCUCUUCCGGACGGGAUGGACUUCAUUGAAGAGGUGGUCGAGUAUCACAAUGGCUACAUCAUAGUUGGAGCAAACCUCCACUUCAGGACAGGUCUGAGAGAAAUAAUCGAGAAGAAGCUGUCGGGUGAAACAGACUCCAUUUAAGACGCUAACAUUACCGCACGUGUAAAGAGAUGCACAGGAACUAACACAAUGAGCAAUAAAUGGAAGUUUUAAAAGAGAGGAACUAACCUUUGAGCAGAAGCAUGAUGUUUAUUAACUGUACAUCAUUUGAUCCUCAAGACCUGCUUUCGUUACUGUCAACGUCAACUCUAAAUUUGCCCUAUUUGUGACCCUGGACCACAAAACCAGUUUUAAGUGUUAAUUUCUAGAAAUUGAGAUUUAUACAUCAUCUGAAAUACUGAAUAAAUAAGCUUUCCAUUGAUGUAUGGUUUGGGACAAUAUUUGGCCGAGAUACAGCCAUUUGAAAAUCUGGAAUCUGAGGGUGCACAAAAAGUCAAAAUACUGAGAAAAUCGUCUUUAAUGUUGUCCAAAUGAUGUUCUCAGCAAUGCAUAUUACUAAUCAAAAAUUAAGUUUUGAGAGACUUAGAGUAGAACAUUUUACAACACGAUCUUUACUUAAUAUCCUAAUGAUUUUUGCAUAAAAGAAAAAUCGA